GACCUCCCCAGCCUCCAGAAUCCAAGGGUCUUGAUUCAUCGACUCAUAACCGGGGAGACCGAACCAUGUCGAGCUCGUUGUCGUCGGUUGUCUCUGAUCUUGUCCGUGCGCAAAUGGGGUCGUCGGUGCCAUCAACGGUCUCGGACGAAGACCUGGACCGGCACGUCGCCGAACUCAUCCUCAAGGAGGCGAGGCAGAAGGCCGAUCGGUACGCGACGAGUGGAAUAGCCGCAUACCUGCCUCAGAAGGACAGCAACGCUCCGAAGACCAACAAACGCUUUCUCUCUUCCAUCAUUCGUAGCACGGACGAUCACAACCGAACCAUAUUGCGCGCGCAGGCAGAGGCUGCAGAGGAGCUGCGACUUCAGCGGGAAGAGGAAGAGCGGCACGAACGCAGAAAGAGGGCAGAGGAAGCGGUGGAGGCCGAGAGGAUGCGUUUACGGAGGCUCAUGGGGAGAUCGCGCCGCAGAGAACACGAUCACGACCGCAACGGUAAAGGGAAACGUAGAGAGCGGAGCUGGGAACGGAGGAAUGAUCGCGAACGGGAGGAGACGGACGAAGACUACGAUAGGGAGCACAGGAAGAGGAGAGCAAGAGAUGAUGGCGAUCAUGGACGUCGCAGGGAGAAAGAACCCGAGUCAAAGAAAGGGUACUCGCGCUCCGGCGAGAAGGGGAGUCGGAGGGAAAGUCAACGGGAACGCGGUUACCACCAUGAAGACGAUCGCCUGAGACGAGGAUCACGCACGCACAGUCAGGACGAGAGGCCUCGUGCGUCACGCUCCCGCUCUCGAGACCGAGACAGCCCUUCAAAAUAUAGCCGGAAACGACGAAAUCACGACGAGGAGUCGCAUAGUCGUCGGCAUCGUUCUCGGUCACUUUCUUCACAAUAUCAGCACGAUGAACCUUCAUCGCGGUCUUCUCCUCCUGCUCCAUCUAAGCAUUCGCCCUCUCCUGAGCGUUUGCCCUCUCCUGCUGAGGUUCAACCAGUGCAAUAUCAGAGGGCUAUUCGUGGACGUCUCAAGCAUAGCAAAACGGAAGCCAUGUCUUCGUCAGCCGCUCCGAGGUUGGAGUCGCCUCCCGAUGCCGUCUGCACACCACCUUCCAAGGCAAGAUCACCAUCUUCGCAUACCCUCCUAUCUCAGUCCCGGUCUCCAUCGCGUUCACUCUCUCCCGGACCUUCUCUACCUACCAAGUCGAAGCUUGCCAAGUCCGGCGCUUCCCCGCGACCUCCGUCAUCUCCUCCUCCUGUUCCUCCUCCACUUCCCUCGAAGAUGGAUCGAUAUUUCGAAGCAGGUUAUGAUCCGCGCCUCGAUACUGCUCCUCUACUGUCCUCGACAUCCAAAGACGGUAGCUUGGACAUCCCAAAAACUGGGAUUAUACCAGACGAAAGUUUCGCGGGUUGGGACGCGAUGCUGGAACUGCUCAAGCAGCGGAGACAAGACAAGGACGAAAAGAAGAGGAUGGAGAGGCUGGGAGGGACGAAAGAGAGAGGGAAAGACAAGAAGGGAAAGAAGAAGAUCGGCGCUGAGUGGGGCAAAGCAGGACUGCUUGCGGAUGAAAGUGAACCGAAUGUGAUGAACAUGGUUUAUAAGAAGAAGGGGGCGGUUAGGGAGUGGGAUUUGGGCAAGGAGGGCUUGUAAUGGAUCCAUUCGCCGACGCUUCAUUUAACUGAUGUGUGUUUUAUAUCGUCAUGGAGAUGUCGGUAGGAAGUGCUCGGAUUUUUAGACCAUCAUCUGAUUUGUUUACAGCCUCACCAC